AUGGACUCUAGAGCUAUAGCACCUUCCUCUUCCUCGGCUGAGAAGCUCAUUGUGUUCUGCGACGGCACUUGGUGUGGCCCCGAACAUGGCACACGUACUAACAUACAGCUGCUGGCCGAGAUGGCCGGUAUCGAUAUGGAUGCUAGAAAAGGCUCAAGAGAAAUUCAAGAUACCUCACGGCGACUGAGGGCCAAGUACUUCAACGGGAUAACUUGCAACUACUUGACAUAUGGCCUCGGUGCAUCGCCCGACAACAUUGGACAACUUUGUCUUGAGAUCUAUCGUUACAUCGCGCGAUACUAUACGGACAGGACAGAGAUCUGGCUCUUUGGUCUAGGUCGAGGAGCUUAUGCUCUGCGUUGCGUAGUCGGCAUGAUUGAUAACUGUGGCAUUGUCAAGAGCCCAACCGAUGAACUAUGCGGUCUUGUCUAUCAGACUUAUGCAUCCCCUCGGGAGAACGACAGACCUUCCUCGGACCAUAGUGCAGACUUUCGCAGGAGAGCUAGCUGGGAAGUGGCCUCGCCCAUCAAGAUCAUGGUUUUACUAGACACUGUCGGCAGCGUCAGCCAUGGCUGUAUCAGCACUGGGACCAUGUCAUCAAAUCCAAUACUCCCAAAUGAGAUCGUUCCAAGCGUCGUGGAGAAGGUCUUGCAUGCCUGCUCUAUACACGAUCGUUUGCCAGUACUACAACCAUGUCUUGCAACCAAAGCAGAUCACAACACUACACCUCAGAUAUACGAAACUUGGUUUCCUGGAUGUCAUUAUGAUAUCGGACGACAGAGCUGUCGAUUUUUUCCGAGAGGCUGGCUCUUUCUUGCUCCGAGGCUACUCAGUGGUGUCAUCGAGCCGAACCAUGUACUUAGCAAUGCAGUCCUGUGCUGGGCUCUUCAAUCUGUUGUCCAACAAUUCCCAUCUCAAACAGUAUUCCAGGACACACAUUGGCAGAUCGCUUUCCUGAAGACAUCAAUACAGUCACCUGCUACCAGUACUGGCUCCGGCGAUGUAUAUCAAUCUUCGAAAACGUCCCUGUAUGCACCUUUCGGCCGUAUAUUGACUCGGCUUCCUAUCAUCCCUGCCAUUCUCGAGAGUGUUGUAUCUGUGCUUCCAUUCCAGGACAGAAGGAUACCAGAUUAUGCUGCCGACAUCAUCGACUUCGAAUCGCCCUAUCAUCCACACAACGACAAAAGUCUAGCACAAAUGGCGAGAGUAGAUAGUCAGAGGUACCCAUCAAGAACAUACGAAGCCUGGAAAACAUGGACGAAGCACACCGCCACAACUAAAGACAAGAAAGCCAUAUCCUGGGCAGACGACCCAGUAGCGCUUCCAGAUCAUAACACAAAACCUCUUCAAAUUGAACCCAAGCCGCUUGAAGACCCCUAUAGUUAUACACCCCGCCCAAGCCCAAAAACCACAUACAAAAACCACAUCAACGCCUCCAGCCCAUCCCGCCGACGCGACUCAGCAGACCCCCGACCUCGACACCAGCGCUCCUCAUCUCUACUCCAAAACACUGUCCUCACAGCUUCAGACGACACCUUGAUGAAGGCAGUCAUCAACUCAGACACAAGUCUAGUACAAGACCUACUAGCCCAAAAGGCUUCUGAGUUGGCUUUUGACUUUGAAUGGUUGAGCGAGUUGAUUGAGUUGGGGUAUAGUGUAGAAGAAAUUGCAGCAGUGCUAGUCGAAGAGGAAAAGAAGUCGCCGUGGCUUGUUGUGUCUGGGGGCAAUUUUGGCAAAAGGGCGUUGAAGAUGGCGAAGAGAUUGGGGCGCAAGAAGAAGGCAGAGAAUUCUUGCUGA